AUCAAAUUAAGUACUACAUCAGUUGAACAACAAAUUCUCUUCAUCAAUAUUUAUCGUUGAAGUUCUACAGAGACAAUCAUACAAAAAAGCUAAUAAUCAUGACAGACAAAAAUAACAUUUUGUUCUUGUUCGAUCGUCCCACUGAACCUAUAUUCAUCGGUAAAGGCGAUGAGAAUGUAUCAUUUGAUGUACCAGCAGAAUAUUUGACUGAUCGAUACAAACCACUGGCAUCGGACAUUGAAAAUCGUUUUUCUGGCGCUGGCAAAGUUAUCCCAAUUACUAAGUUGAACCGUAUCCCCGACUUGUCAUUUCCACUGUCACUUCCCAGAAAUGCUUCAUUUUCUCUUUUUAUUCCGUACCACUCUAAAAUGGCUUCAAAAUUGAUUGAAACUUUUAUGGAUACCAAAUCUUUCGAUGAAUUACUAUCGUUAUCCGUAUACUGUCGCGAUCGAUUGAAUCCGUAUAUGUUUAUUUAUGCAUUAUCUGUAGUCGUGACACAUAGACCUGACACCCGCAAUUUGGAACUGCCAUCACAUGUAGAAAUGUUUCCAAAUUUGUAUAUGGAUUCAUCAGUUUUUAGCCAUGCCAGAGAAGAAUCAUCUGUGGUUCAACCAGGUUCAAGAACCCCAAUUGAAAUACCACAAGAUUAUUCUGCCAACGAUACGGACAUCGAGCACAGACUCAGCUACUUCCGCGAAGAUAUUGGUAUUAAUCUUCAUCAUUGGCAUUGGCAUUUGGUCUAUCCGUACGAAGGACCGAUGAAUAUUGUAAAUAAAGACAGACGCGGUGAACUAUUUUAUUACAUGCAUCAACAGAUUAAUGCAAGGUACAAUUUGGAACGACUGAGUAAUAAUAUGAAUAGAGUCGUUCGUCUGAAUAAUUGGCGUGACUCGAUCACGGAGGGUUAUUUCCCGAAAUUAGACAACAUUUUAGCCAACCGUGUGUGGCCAUCGAGACCUGCUAACGCCAGACUUUCUGAUAUUAACAGAGAAGUAGAACAGAUGUCGUUUGAUAUCGAAGAUUUGGAACGUUGGAGAGACCGUUUAUUCAGCGCUAUACAUUCAGGAUAUAUUAUUAAUACAGCUGGUAAUCAAGUUCGUUUAACUGAAACUGAUGGAAUUGACAUUUUGGGAAAUCUUAUGGAAGCUAGUAUAUUAAGUCUAAAUCCAAAUUUCUACGGUUCUCUUCACAAUUUUGGUCACGAUGCUAUUUCUUUUAUCCACGACCCCGAUAAUAGAUAUUUGGAAAACUACGGAGUCAUGGGUGACCCAGCAACUGCCAUGCGUGAUCCUAUAUUCUACCGUUGGCAUGCAUAUACUGAUGAUAUAUUCCAAGAAUUUAAAGCUACAAUACCUAGUUAUACUACUCAAACUUUGGGUUUCGAAAACGUAAAAUUACAAAGCGUAGAAGUAUCGGCCACUGGAAUACCACGAAAUGAAUUUUUAACGUUCUGGCAACAAAGUGAUGUUGACUUGUCUAGGGGUUUGGACUUUUUGCCUCGUGGAUCUGUAUUUGCACGGUUUACUCAUUUACAACAUGCACCAUUCAAUUACAAAAUUACCAUUGAAAAUAAUGGAAACCAACGAAUUGGAACAGUUCGCAUCUUUCUUGGUCCUAAGUUUGAUGAACGAGGUUUACCAUUUUUAUUUAGGGAACAGAGAAAACUUUUUGUGGAGCUUGAUAAAUUUAGCGUAACACUAAAGAGAGGAAAAAAUGAUAUCAUUCGACGAUCUAUUGAUUCAACAGUAACUAUUCCACACGAAGUAACUUAUAGAAACUUAGAUAAAAACAGACCAUCCGGUAAUACAGAUGCAGCGGCAGCUUUUAAUUUCUGUGGUUGUGGGUGGCCACAAAAUAUGUUGAUACCCAAAGGGUCGUCUGAUGGAUUUCAGUGUCAAUUGUUUGUCAUGGUAUCUAAUGGUGCUAAUGAUCAGGUGGAGAACGCACACGCGGACGUUCAUACAUGCGACAAUGCUUCCAGCUAUUGUGGUAUCCGCAACGCGCGUUAUCCAGAUGCUAGAUCAAUGGGUUAUCCGUUUGAUCGCACACCUAGAGAUGGAGUGGUCACUCUUCAACAGUUUUUGACACCGAACAUGGCUGUACAGGAUGUGCGUAUACGUUUUUCGAAUCGCACAGUGGCACCGCUGCAAAGCAAAAUAAAAACUUAAUAAAUUCAACCUCAAUAAAACACACCAGCAAAACCUUUAUCUGGUGUUAGUUGGAACUAAAGUCUCGAAUUAUAUUGGGAAAUUACGAUUCAAGUUCAUUCAAUAUUUUAAUUUAAUAUUAUUAUCUAUAUAUUUAUCACAUUUUACCAUUAUAUUUCUUUAUAAAAAAUAAUAAAAUAAAAUAUAUCUUA